AUGUUUGUACGUGUAGCAUCUUUUUCAACAAAAACAAAACAACAUAAAUUAGAACGAUUACGACCACCAUCACCAUGGACAAAUGAUCUUGCUGAUGAAGGAGUUGCUAUUUUUAUUUGUGCUGGUACAAUCGAUUUAACACAUGAGGAUAAUGUUGAUAUUUCAUAUAAAAAAAAUCUUUUACAAUUUAUUUAUCAAUGUCAGGUUGAAGGUCGUUUACCAAAAAAAUUAACAGAAAAAUCUAUUGUACAAUUGCAUAUAACUACUGAACAAAUUAAACUUAUUAAUACUCAUCAAAAAUCAAUUUUAUCUAUUCCAUCACAUCAUAUAAUUGCUUGUUAUUAUGUUGAAUAUGAAACAGAUCAUAUUGUUACAAUGAAAUAUGUUUCAACAAAAGAUAAAUUAUCUACUAUUGAAUUAAUUAUUUUUCUAUUAAAUGAUCGAUAUGAAGCUGAUGAAUUAUGUUCAUCAAUGGAUUUUUGUUUUCGUGCAAUCUAUAUAGCUAAUGAACAAAAUUCUGAUUUAAGUAAAAAAUUAUCAUUACUUACUUUAUCACUUUCAUCAACUAGACAAUUACGUAAUUCAUUUAUUUCAACAACAUCUUCAACACCAUCAACAAUUCGUUCAUCAUCAUUAGCAUCAACUUCUUCACCAUGUGUUAUUUCACUGGAUACAUCAACUAUUAUUAACGAAGAUUCACUAACUCCACGUCGAAGACAUCGACGGUCACACCAUCGACAUGAUGAUCAAUCACCAAAUAGAUCUUCAAUUAAAUCAACAUCACAAAUUAUUCAUAAUUAUCUUCUUAAUUUACAACUUGAAUUAAAACCUGAUGAAUUAGCUGAAUUUGGAAAAUUAUUAACUGAAUGGCAAUCAAAUCAAUUAAAUAUAAAACAAUUUGUUAAACGAACAGCACGUUUAUAUGGGAAAUCUCGAAGAAAUUUACUUGAUGGUUUACAUGAUUUUGUACCAGUCGAUGAACAAACAUGGUUUCUCGAAUAUUUAAAUAAACUCAAAUCGACUUCAUCAGCAUUAAUGAGCAGUAAUGCAUCAUUACAAGAUGUUGACACUUUCUAA